UAUAAAUUUUACUUGCAAAUUAAGAUGACUUCCAAAUUUCUUCUGGCGGUUCUUAUUGGUGUUCUUGUUUGCAACACCACUGCAAGGAAACUUGUUGGCUCGAUUGGUUCUUUCAAUGAUGAAAAGAAUUUCUUUCAUCAUCCGGGUUUGGGAGGCGGAGGGCUAGGUGGUGGAGGGUUAGGUGGAGGCUAUGGUGCUGGUGCUGGAGCUGGCUUUGGUGGGGGUGCUGGUGCAGGCGGUGGACUUGAUGGAGGUGGUGGAGGAGGGUUUGGUGGAGGUGGAGGUGGUGGUGGAGGAGUAGGAGGUGGUUCUGGUUUUGGAGGAGGAUUUGGUGGUGGGUUCGGAGGUGGAGCUGGAGGUGUUGGAGGAGGAGGUGGAGGUGGAGGUGGAGGUGGAGGUGCAUUGGGUGGAGGAUCUGGGGGUGGAUUUGGUGGAGGAGCUGGGGGUGGAAUAGGAGGUGGCGGUGGCGGCGGAGGUGGUGGUGGAGGUGGAGGAAUAGGGGGUGGUUUUGGUUUUGGAGAAGGAUGGUGGUGGGUUUGGAGCGGUGCUCAAGGAGGAGGAGGUGGUGGAGGUGGAUUAGGUGGAGGAUCUGGUAGUGGAUUUGGAUUUGGUGCACGAUAUGUAAGUGGAAUAGGAGGAGGUGGCGGAGGCGGUGGCGGUGGAGGUGGAGGUGGAGGAUCAGGGGGUGGUUCUGGUUUUGGAGAAGGAUUUGGUGGUGGAUUUGGAGGUGGUGCUCAAGGAGGAGGAGGAGGUUUUGGUGGCGGAGGCGGCAGUGGAGGCGGAUUGGGUGGAGGAUCCGGUAGUGGAUUUGGAUUUGGUGCAGGAUACGGUGGUGGGAUAGCACAUGCAGCCGUGGAAGAAUUCAUGGUGUAAUUAA